AUGGCUGCCCUGAUAGUAUUUCAUGACAUUCUAAAUGAAGAAAAUGACAAACAGGCUCGUCGGGAGAGGGUUUUCCGAGACAUAACGCAGGUCCUCGAUACGAUGACCGAUGUGGAGCUUAUCGAGCGAUAUAGAUUCCCGCGGGUUACCAUACUAGACCUUGUAAACGAUCUCAAGGAUCUUAUCCAGCCUAAAACUAAUAGAUCACACUCAAUUCCCGCACACAUUCAGCAUUACACUUUAUUUCAGGUUCUAACGUGUCUCAGAUUCCUAGCGAAAGGUGAUGACCUCUCAGAAGUAGCAGACCUUCACGGCAUUUCUAAAGCGUCGGCAUGUAUGAUCAUUCAUAGAGUAGUAGAUGCUAUAUGCAACACUUUGAAGAACAUAAAUUUUACUACCUCCACCGAUGAACUGAGAAAGAUCAAAUCCCAGUUUUACAAGAUUGCAGGCUUCCUCAGUGUGGUUGGAGCAAUAGAUGGCACGCAGAUUCCAAUUCAGGGAAUGAGUUUGGAAGAUGAGCCGGUGUAUAUAUGUAGAAAAGGGUACCAUUCAAUCAAUGUGCAGGCUGUUGUUAAUCCCGAUUUAAGGUUUACAAAUGCCGUUUGCAAGUUCCCAGGGGCCACCCACGAUGCUUACAUUUUACAGAGCAGCUCGCUACCAAACCUUGUUUCCAGUCUUGAGGAUGGAGGAUGGCUUGUAGGGGAUUCUGGCUACCCUCUGAAAGAGUGGUUGAUGACCCCCCUAAGUAACCCCAGAACUGGACAGGAGGAGAAAUAUAAUAAUGCUCAUUGCAAGACCAGAAACGUGAUUGAGAGAGCAUUCGGUGUAUUGAAAGCACGCUUCAGGUGUUUGCACAAGACUGGAGGAGCAUUGCCAUAUAGACCAUCAAAGUGUACCAGAAUUAUUGAAUGCACAAUGAGACUUCAUAAUCUUGCAAUUGAAACUGGUAUUCCGUUAUUGGAAGCAGUUGAUCAAGAAGAUGCAGAUGGAUUCCAGUUUGAAGAUCGUGAUAAUGCAAAUAGGACUGCUUCAGAAGUGCGCACAAGACUCAUUCAAAGAUUUUAA